AUGUCUAACUCUGCAUUUGAGUAUUUAACAAUGCGAUGUGUGGUGCAACAUUUGGCGCCUCAUAUCAGAUUCAAUCUAUCUUUGAGAUGUGAAGCUGUCAAAGCUGUUGAUAAGAAGGUUCCCAUGAAAAUCAGUAGUAUGCGUUUGGGAAGUCUCGAAUUUAAAGCGGAUUUUGCAUUGUACAAGAUUUCAAUCGUCCGUCAUUAUUUUGGAUCUGAAACUCCGGAGCAUAUAAUAAAGCAAAAUAGUGAUGGAGGAGUUUCAUUCGAAGUGGACCAUCUUGGAUUUCGUCUCGCCCCAGAGCAAAUAUUUCCAAAAUGGAAUGAAAUACUUUACGACGGUCGAGCAAAUCAUAGGAACCAAACAGUUGGAAUGGAGGCUGAUGCGCGCACUGUUGACACAUGGGAACAAGAACUGAAGAAACUGGAAAGAGACAGAAAUAUGCAAGUGAAAAUGCCGAGAACAAGCGAGCGGAAAGAAACGAUCGCUGGACUAGAAAAAAAAAUUAAAAAUGCAAAGGAUAAACUCCUUCCUUAUCAUCUGAAGAGAAAUGGAGGAGAACCGCCAUACACUCAUUAUAUCAGAUUGACGAUUAAUGAAAGGCUGGGAAACGAGAUUAUCACAAGAUACGAGCACAUGGAUUAUUCAAAACCAGCACAUGCAGCAAUGCUAUAUCUCAAGGAUAAACUUCUUAAAGGACGACGAUCGCUUCAUGUUAACUACCUCAAAAUUUAUUCUGCUGGCUUGAUUCGUAUUUCGAAUCAGAUGAAAAUCAAACUUCACAAAAUUAGUAUCAGCUCGGAACCAUCUAAUGUUCUUAACGCGAUCGAACGAAUUUUGGACCGUGACAGUUUCCCGUUAGAGGGUGUAGAAGUGUUCGAAAGUGGACCAUUUGAAAAUGAUAAAAUCCAAAGUGCAAGCCUUCUAACUAUUACUGGAAACGCGAUUGACUUGAAUUUGACUGAGAUCACCAACAUGAGAGUACAUGUAGCACGACAUAUGCUGCCAAUUGAAAAUGUAAUAGAACUUGUUGAUAACUGGAUAGUUCGUGGAAGAGAUGCCGGGUUUCAUUAUUCUUUCACUGUUGGAAUAAAUCGAUUCGAACAGGCUGAUCAGUUGUUAGAAAUGCUCAAAGAAGCUGGCCAUUUUCUCAUUUCAAUGCCAGAUGAAUUGAGGGAGACUCGUUUCAACGAAAUGCUAUUGUACAGGAUGACUGAGACUACAGAACUUCGCGUAUUCUGCGUAAUGGAUCCAGAUAAUCGCAACAUUUUUAACUUCAAUCUUCAAGUGGAAGCUGAUCAAUAUCUGGAAAUCGAAGAAAAUAAUUAA